AUGCCGCGGCCGUCUUUCUCGAAAGGCACUGCUGCAGCAAGACGCUCUAGAGCUGUCAGAUGCGGUGUCGUUGGAGUUGGAAUGCAUACAAUCAACUUAGACUCUGUCCGUUUGUGCAUCGUCGUCCUUCCACUCGGACUACCAUCCCCCACUCCAUCUCCUUCGCCAUACCCCUACCCAUUGUAUCACUACCUCCUCCAAAAGUACAUCGCAUACAGUAUCCUCAUAGACUCGACUCUGACUCUCUCACGGCACCUUCUUGCGCUCCAACUUUGCAUCUGCUCGGACUCAUUCGGCUCCCGGCUUCCAGACUCUUGUACCAACAUCGAUACCUUCGCCGCACUUUUCGGUCGUGAUCCUCUGAAGGCCACUAUAAAGCUCUCUAUCAUCGUUACACUCCGACACCUCCCUCCGAAUACCCACAGCGCAUGCAUCUCCAGCUCUGAAAGGGUCUAG